AUGGCCGAAUCGACACUCGCUAUCACCGCUCGAGCGCCGUCGACCAUGACAUUCCUACUGCUCGCUCUAGUGGCUACAUCGAUCACCCCGAGCCACGCACUCAGUGUCCUCCUAGAGCGUGCCGCAGACACCUGUCCAAAGUCGUAUUCGCGCUGCGAGAACGCAGGUCUCCCGGACUCCUUCUGCUGCCCGUCCUCGUCGACAUGCGUGAGCUUGGACGGCGGAUCGUCGGCCAUCUGCUGCCCCAAGGGCCAGAGCUGCGAGUAUAUCCAGCCCAUCACCUGCGACGUGCAAUUGCAAAAUGCAAAGCUGCAUCAGACCAACGCUAUCAAGACAACCAGGCUGGACGACAACCUGCCCAAGUGCGGUGAUUCCUGCUGUCCUUUUGGAUACAAGUGUAAGGGAGGCGAGAUGUGCGAGAUGGACACGGAUGCACAGCCUUCAUCGGCCACGAAAACAUCAACAGCGACGCCCACGACAACGUCUGCUUCGUCCAAGCAAUCCGCCACCACGGACUCAGAUCCCUCCACCACCUCCGAUACGGCAGUUCCCACGGUUGUAUCGCCUACCAACCCUAAGGCAUCAUCCUCCCUCUCUUCCAACUCCAACUCCACCGCCGCCGCCGUGGCCGCUUCAUGUCCUUCCUACCCCAGCAAAGCCGUCCUGGCGGGCUUUUUCCCCGGCGCGAUCUUCGGCGCCGUGCUCGCCGCUUUAGGCAUGAUCCUCUUCCGACGCUGGCAACAGCGACAGCUCCCGGUGUCCGAGAAGGUCGCCCAACACACGCAACGCUCCUCCAACGGCACCUUAAUUGGGAUCUCCAGCCCCAUCCCAACAGAAGACACCUCAUACCGCACCGACUUUCUCCUCCGACGGUCUCGAUCCUCCAAACGCAGCUCUGAAGGCGCUAGAUCCGUUCUCCAACGCACCGGCACCCGCGUCAAGAGCCUCUUCGGCUCUACCCCCAAGAUCACCGUCCAGCCGCCCCCGUCCGACGACGUGCCCCAAGUGCCUCAGAUCCCGCCGAUGCCUGCCCCGCCUCCUCUGCCCGUCACGCCGCCGCGACAGGUCCGUCCGCCCCGUCUGCCCAGCACGGAGAGUAUCCGCGUAUAUACGCCCCCCGGCGUGUUUGCUAACACGGGCGUGCUGAAACCGGACCCGUAUCCGUCGUUUCGGCCGGAGACGACCUUCACGGAUAUGAUCGAUCGGGUCGGGUUUAAGGAUAAGAAGGGGGAUCCGUCGUAUAGGGUGACAGCUGGGUCGCAGGAUAGUCCGACGAGGCGGAGGCCGUAG